UCAGGAAGACUCCACAUCCCAGGGCUCCUCCCUCAUUCAGCUCAUCCCUGGCCCAGCAGGCCACCAGCUCAUCCGGCUGGUGGGGGGGGGUUCCCCUGCAUUGCCUCCAUUUCCAAGGCCCCCAGUCAAGGCCCCAGGGCUUCCCCCUCCCCCUGGGACGUUUCCCAACCCAGAUUAAUCACCAGGGCGGCCCCAGAGAGGAGGAAGGAGAUGGCAUGGCUUACCUUCAAGAAGCACGGCCGGCAGCCUGAACACAUGCUCAAGACCCAGGCGCCCCAAGGUCAUGAGGCUGGGAUUCGUCUGUGCUCUGUUUUCUCUCCUGGCAGGGCAUGGCUGGGCAGACACCCGAGCCAUCGGGGCUGAGGAAUGCCGCCCCAACUCGCAGCCCUGGCAGGCCGGGCUCUUCUACCUCACCCACCUGUUCUGCGGGGCUUCCCUCAUCAGUGACCGCUGGCUGCUCACAGCUGCCCACUGCCACAAGCCGUAUCUGUGGGUCCGCCUUGGGGAGCACCACCUCUGGCAAUGGGAGGGUCCAGAGCAACUGUUCCGGGCCACGGACUUCUUCCCCCACCCUGGGUUCAACAAGGACCUCAGGGCUCACGACCACAGUGAUGACAUCAUGCUGAUCCGUCUGCCCAGGAAGGCACACCUGGGACCUGCUGUGCAACCCCUCAACCUCAGCCAGACCUGCGUCUCCCCAGGCACCCAGUGCCUCAUCUCAGGCUGGGGGGCUGUGUCCAGUCCUAAGGUGCAGUACCCACUGACGCUACAGUGUGCCAACAUCAGCAUCCUGGAUCACAACCUCUGCCGUUGGGCAUAUCCGGGCCACAUCUCGGACAGUAUGCUCUGUGCCGGCCUCUGGGAGGGGGGCCGGGGCUCCUGCCAGGGUGACUCUGGGGGCCCCCUGGUUUGCGACGGGACCCUGGCGGGUGUGGUAUCUGGGGGUGCCGAGCCCUGCUCCAGACCCUGGCGCCCCGCCGUGUACACCAGCGUGUGCCACUACGUGGACUGGAUCCGAAAAACCAUGGAGGACAACUGAGCCCUCAUGCCUUGGGCGACCAAGAGAGGAGGGUGGGCUCAGGGUAGCUGGAAACAGCCGGACUCCGGCCGCAGAGGUCUCAGCGGCCCCGAGACGCCUCGGAUCUUGAGGCUCCGAGCCCUCAGGGCCCAACCCGUUGGAAAGCAGCGGGG